CCGACACCACGAUCGUCCAUACCUCUGCUGAGCACCACCACCACUCUUCGCUACCACUAAGUUCACUUUACCUCUUUCGUCGCUAGCAAUGGCACCCAAACCCACCUCCACUGCCGGCAAGGCUCCUGCUUCCACUGCGUCCAAGGCUCCGGCCAAGACCACUGAGGCCAAGGCCGCGAAGAAGACCUCUAAGCCUGCCGCGUCGGGUGCUGACGGUGAAAAGAAGAAGAGGCGAAAGACACGCAAGGAGACCUACUCUUCAUACAUCUACAAGGUCUUGAAGCAGGUCCACCCUGACACUGGUAUCUCCAACAAGGCGAUGGCGAUUCUUAACUCCUUCGUCAACGAUAUCUUUGAGCGCAUUGCCACUGAGGCGUCCAAGCUCGCGUCCUACUCCAAGAAGUCGACGAUCUCAUCACGAGAGAUCCAGACUGCUGUCCGCCUCAUUUUGCCGGGUGAGCUGGCCAAGCACGCCAUUUCUGAGGGUACGAAGUCGGUGACCAAGUUCUCCAGUGCUGGUGCGAAGUAAACUUCUGUCUUGGGACUUUGUGUUGCUGUUGUAUUGUAUCCUGUAUGUUUAUCUAUAAUUUCAUCUAGUCUUCCUGAUCACCUGUUACGCUGCCC